GAGGCGGCAACGCGGAGAAGUCAAAGCAGACGUCUGAAAGGAGAGACAAACUUGAGCGGAGGGUCGGUGCUUCUCGCCAGGGGAUGGCGCCCCCCGCGGCCUAGAGGUCCCGCGCCCGCGGCGAGCCGUCGACAGCCCCUCGGAGGUGUCCGCCAGGGAGUCUAGCACUCGGUUGACCAUGUUGGCGCCGCUGACCAAGCUGACUUGCCCGGCAUAUCAGUGCUUUCAUGCCUUAAAAAUUAAGAAAAAUCAUCUACCUCUAUGUGCCACAAGAUGGUCUUCAACUUCUGUUGUACCUCGAAUUACUACUCACUAUACAAUUUACCCCCGGGAAAAGGACAAACGAUGGGAAGGAGUGAGCAUGGAAAGAUUCGCAGAAGAAGCAGAUGUAGUAAUAGUUGGUGCAGGCCCUGCAGGUCUCUCUGCAGCUAUUCGUCUGAAACAGUUGGCUGCUCAACAGGAAAAGGAAGUCCGUGUGUGUCUAGUGGAGAAAGCUGCUCAGAUAGGAGCUCAUACCCUCUCCGGGGCCUGCCUCGAUCCACGUGCCUUUGAAGAACUCUUCCCAGACUGGAAGGAGAAGGGGGCUCCACUUAAGACUCCUGUAACAGAAGACAGAUUUGGAAUUUUAACAAAGAAAGGCAGAAUUCCUGUGCCAAUUCUUCCAGGCCUUCCUAUGAAUAAUCACGGGAACUACAUUGUGCGCUUGGGACAUUUAGUCAGCUGGAUGGGAGAACAAGCAGAAGCCCUUGGUGUGGAAGUAUAUCCUGGUUAUGCUGCUGCUGAGGUCCUUUUUCAUGAAGAUGGAAGUGUAAAAGGAAUUGCCACCAAUGAUGUAGGGAUACAAAAAGAUGGUGCACCAAAGACAACAUUUGAGAGAGGACUAGAACUACACGCCAAAGUCACAGUUUUUUCAGAGGGUUGCCAUGGACAUUUAGCCAAGCAACUGUAUAAGAAGUUUGAUUUGAGGGCUAAUUGUGAUCCCCAAACCUAUGGAAUCGGACUGAAAGAGUUAUGGAUUAUAGAUGAGAAGAAUUGGAAACCUGGGCGAGUAGACCACACUGUCGGCUGGCCCUUGGAUAGACACACUUACGGAGGCUCUUUCCUCUAUCAUCUAAAUGAAGGUGAACCCAUGGUCGCUCUUGGCUUUGUGGUUGGUCUAGACUAUCAGAACCCAUACCUGAGUCCAUUCAGAGAAUUCCAGAGGUGGAAGCACCAUCCCAGCAUUCAGCCAACAUUGGAAGGAGGGAAGAGGAUUGCCUACGGGGCCCGAGCUCUCAAUGAAGGUGGUUUUCAGUCUAUACCAAAACUCACCUUCCCUGGUGGCUUACUGAUUGGUUGUAGCCCUGGUUUCAUGAAUGUUCCCAAGAUCAAAGGUACACACACAGCAAUGAAAAGUGGAAUGUUGGCAGCAGAAUCUAUUUUUAAACAAAUAACCAAUGAAAAUCUCCAAUCAAAGACUAUGGGGCUCCAUGUAACUGAGUAUGAGGAUAAUUUGAAGAAAUCCUGGGUAUGGAAAGAGUUAUAUUCUGUUAGAAACAUAAGACCCUCCUGCCAUGGAAUUCUGGGUGUAUAUGGAGGGAUGAUUUACACUGGUAUCUUUUACUGGAUAUUCAGAGGACUGGAGCCAUGGACUCUGAAGCAUAAAGGGUCUGACUCUGAUCAGCUCAAACCAGCCAAGGAUUGCACACCUAUUGAGUAUCCGAAACCCGAUGGUAAGAUCAGUUUUGACCUUCUGUCAUCUGUGGCUCUGAGUGGAACUAACCAUGAACAUGACCAGCCAGCACAUUUAACCUUAAAGGAUGACAGUCUACCUGUAAGCAGAAAUCUGUCAAUAUUUGAUGGGCCCGAGCAGCGAUUCUGCCCUGCAGGAGUUUAUGAGUUUGUACCUUUGGAACAAGGUGAUGGAUUUCGGUUACAGAUAAAUGCUCAGAACUGUGUGCACUGUAAAACAUGUGAUAUUAAAGAUCCAAGUCAAAACAUUAACUGGGUGGUACCUGAAGGUGGUGGAGGACCAGCUUACAAUGGAAUGUAGACUGCAAUUGACUUCACCUGUAGGCACAGGUGAUAUUAGUUCGUUUCUCCAAAUGUACAACAAACUGACUUGAAAAUGUUUAGACAUUAUUAACAAGUGCAAAGUGCUAAUCAGAACGUUCAGAUGUAAUUAUGAGUGAAAUAAAAUUUUAUACUAUUACCUAAAUUUGUCCCAUUAAACACUGUAUGUCUCUUCAGUCAAACCAAGUAUCAGCACUUGCUUCCCUCUAGUUCUUCAGAUUUAAAGUCAGCAUCAGCAAAAUUACUCAUCUCUAAUAUACAUUGCGCUUGUUGAGCUGAAGAUGUCGUUGAGCUGAAGAUGUCAGGCAUAAAAAUAAAUGAAUAUUCUACACCACA